AUGAACACUGCGAUCCCGGCACCGCCUGCGGGGACAGGAUCAGCUCUCGUGACCCCCGAGCUCAACAUGCUACGAACGUACUACAUUGGCAGCGAUGGCUCAGUCCUCCAGGCCGGGUAUACCCCUCAGAAUGACUGGACCGCGCCGGUAGCGAUCAGCAAUGGUGCAAAGGCGCAUCUUGCGUCGCCCAUUGGUGUAACCAUGGUGAAGGACGACAUAUGGCUCUUCUGGUUUUCCGACCAGAAGCAGUUGCAGUACACAACUUCGACGUACACGGAAUCAACGUGGUCAGCAGUACAAAACAUUUCUGCGACCAUCCCAAAAGAGCUUCCUCGCUCCAUUGGCGUUGCACGCUCCGAUACGCCGGAUGUGACUCAGAUCUUCUACCUCGAUGGCAUCGAGAUGCAGCAGGCGCAAUACUCGAACAACGGGUGGUCCAAUAGCAAUCUCGGGUCAUCCACGCCAAACUCAAGCAUAUCGAAUGGACCGAUGGCAGCUGUAGGCUGGAAUGAUACAGCUGUACGGUUAUAUUAUGUGGAUGAUAACGCAAUCGUUGAGGUGGCUUCCGAAUCUACAUACGGCACAUGGGAGUUGGGUACCAUGGACCCUGACGACUAUGACUAA